AUGAUCUUCUGCGAUGGUGAUGAAACAGUUCUCGAAAAGGCCAGAGCUGUCCAAAACAAGUAUGGCAUCCAAGGAUUUGCAGGUGACAUGAAAGUUAUCACAAUCAACAACUACGGCCAAAGCCCUAAUGCCAUCUUAAACGAAAUCCUCGGAACAAUCUUUGGAACAAAGAAUGUUACACCAGCUGACAUCCAGCACCUUGCCAAUACUUCUGGUGUCGUAAUUUAUCUUAAAUCCACACCAGAUCUUUGCAUGGAAAGAAUGAGAAAGCGUGGUCGUGGUCCAGAAGCCAAGACAAAGUACUCAUUCAUCGAAGGAAUGUGCAACAAGUACGAAAACUACAUCAACCGUUUCACAAGCGUUUAA